AUCCGAGCCACACAAGAUCUCUUCACCUUCAUAUCUCUUUUCUUGGUAUUCGAACUCACUUACGGUAGCGCCACUCCUGAAUAACUGGAAUGUCUAUCUCUUCCAAUCCACAUGGCGCGGUCUAUCUCUCCUCACUUCUACAGAUUGACGGAUGCUCAAUCAAAGGUGUGCAAUUUAAUAUUUACUUCUAAUUACGGAGAUGAUGCGAAUUUUUCUCCGAAGGGCUCGCUGCUAGCAAGAAACGACACAAUUCCCGAAUCUAGAACCAAGUCGAUUACGCGGAAUCAAAAUAUGACGAAGUCGGUUAAUGAGAGGGCUCGAGCUGCAGCCAUUGUACUGAACCGCUACCGGAUUGAAUACAAAAAUGAUUGGGAUCUUCCCCAAUCCAUACUUCAUUCUCAGGUCCAGAUGCAAACGGCGCUUGAGCGAGAUGUUCCAAUCGAGCUUGUGAUCCCUGCAUUUCCGUUCAAGUCUUCUAAUCGCUCAAUGAAAGUCCUGAGCCCGCUACCGGAUGAAGCUGAAAGACUUUCGCUGUUACAUCUCGAUGGACUCUGUUCAGCUAUAGCAGAUGCCACUUGUUCACAGACAUUUUUGACAAUUAUCUCCGAUGGGAUUAUAUAUAAUGAUAUCCUAGGUGUCUCGGAUCAAGAGGUAUGGAGAUACGGCCAGCAACUACGACAGAUGGCAAAGAGUAAUGGCUGCCAUCGCCUUCGAUUUUUACGGAUUUCCGACUUAGUCGGCGCCGACGACGAAUCAUCAAGACUAAAUGAAACACUCUAUCUUUCCAGGGUGUCUGAAUAUCGCAGUAUACUUGAGUCAAACACGCCGAGCGGCUUUGAUGUGUUGCAUGCCAUCACGAACGAUCCGGACAUUACCAAGACAUACAAAGGCUAUAAGAAAUUUUUAAUAAGUGAGAGAGAUGAUAGAACUAAUCGCUCUCGGUCUCAAAUGGAAAGGGAAAAUAGUGUCAUUGCUAAAGCGAUGAUACUUAGAGGAAAGGCAUUUGCUGAAGCUGUAAAGCUAAAAUUCCCGGAUUCUAUUCGCCUUUCAAUCCACCCCUCUAAUGAUAUAAACAAGGUGUCUAUAGCUAUGUUACCACAAGACAACGAGAUAGUUAUGACUCCAUGGCAUGGGGCUGUUGUACGUGGCGUAAAUGCUCGUGUCUCAAUGUCGCAUGCCAUUUUGAUACCAGCUAUGACGCAUGACAUUGUACAUGUUGGCGGACACCCAAGUUACUUCCGUGAACGAUCCGAUUUAUUUACAUGGCCUAAUCUUAAUGUCAAGUUCGAAUACUUGUAUCCUUGUGGUAUUUUAGUCACGCCGGCUGAAUCAACAUCUACUUACACCGUAUCGAUGGUGGAUAUGCAAAGGAUCCAGAUCCUUGCAACAUAUUGCUCUCCAGUUAUCUUAAGAGGGUUCUUUGGAGGCCAAGACUGCGUUCCAUUAGCUUCUAAUCCAGAAGAUAUCACCUUAGAUCUACCGAGGAAAAAUGACAACCCGGUAUUGUCCACAAACAUAUCCAUACACUGCAAUAGCAUGGCCAAAAACAACACUACAAAACAGAGGGAAAUAUACCAGGAUCCCCAAACAUCUAGCGCUCCCCAGUCGCAGUUUUCUAUCUUGAGUAUAUCAGCCCCGGUCAGUACUGGCUCCGUGUUUUUCGCCUCCUUCGAUCUUUUCAGUCGCUAUCUACCGCGGGCCUACCCCGUCAGCAAGCUCGAGAAGAUCAAGUGGACAUACUGCUAUCCCGGAUCACCCCCUAAUGUUAAUGAGAGCAUCCCACUAGUAGUUCGACACCCAGUCCGAAAUUUGCCAUGCAUUCGCUGGCAUCGGUCUUGGCCACAAUGGAGGAAACCUGGAGCAAGUGCUAAUAUCAGCAUUGUGAAUGGGUCACAGAGUCUAGUACCUUUGGUUGAUAGCUUGUUAGCUGACCACCGAGUGUGUCUUCGUUUUCGAGGGCAAGAAGGAGAUAUAGUAGUUGUCGAUAACUUCACCGUCCUCUAUACUACCACUACUUGA